GUUUGCGAUCGACCGCUGCGAAUGAAGCACGUGUGUGCGCGUAGGGCUAUGCUGUUUCGGCCCUUUUCGAAAGCUCGCGUACGCGCGUAUGUUGUGUUUGGGAGUGUUUAGAUAGCUCUUCCGUUACAACACCGUACCGGAGCGGCUCGACUUGUUUGUCCGCCAGCGACUAAAAUACUACAGCGAGACGAAACUGUGCGUCACAACAAAUCACAUGCCAAGUGUUAAUAAGAAAGUAAAAAGCUUAAAAAAUAGCACAUGUUUUCUUAUGGUAGGAAAAAUCGUGAAAACGUACGAUCGAUUUUUGUUUGCUUCCUUUGCCGUGUUCUGUGCGUUUCCUGCCAGCUUACCGCCACUCGUAACCCGUCAAGGUUACGCCUAAAUGGGGGGAAAAGACCGGCAAAAUGUUGAGAAUUGAAAAUUAGGUAGUGUCCUUCAGUGUGUAAAGCAAAACCCCCUCGAAAAAAAAAAGUAUGCGAAGAAAAUCAUCUCCAUUUAAUGCUCAAUGCCGGUGUGGGGUUUAGCCUUCUCAAAAAUACGGAACGCAUUAACGCUUUUCGAAUGUGUGGAAUCGAAAUUGAGAGUGGUGAAUGGUUUUGUGUUUUGGAAAAAGGAAGGGAAAACAACAAACCAUUACCGCUCGACAUCGUGACAGUGCUUUGCUUUAAUUAAUAUAAUUUUAUGCCCGGUCGGUGUGUAAAGUGUUAACGCGUUUGUUUGUGUGUGGUUGUUUCUGUCUCGUCUAGGCCAUUCAAGUUCGCCCAUUUAUUACCAUUAGUUUGCGUAACCAGGGAAAAAUAUUACAAUUACGACGACGCUACUGCUCAUCUUCUUCAGCCCAAGUGCUCAAUCACGCGCAACUGUUGCAACGUGCAGGCUGUUGUUUGUAAAACGGAAACGGAUUAACCAGCCGUGGAACCGGUCUCCCAGUACUUGAAAAGAACAGUGAAGAAAUCAUCAUAAUCUGCUUAACGGACGCCUCAAACUUCAAAUAAUAUGCUCCCGCAAUGAAAAUAACAAUUCGGCGUGAAACUGGAUCAUCAUCGCUUUGCCAACACACAACCAUCUUAAGGGACCAGUGCAUUAGAGAAAGCCCUAGACAAUGAAACGACACAAACCCUCGCGACGGAAUGUACAUUCGGAAAAGACUUGCAGUGUUGCAGUGCAUGUACGUGUGCUUUCGUUCGUUACCAACCCAUAAAGUGUCCACCGGCUGAGAGAGUGUGUCUGUGUGUGUGUGUGUGUAAUCAGCAAAACAGUGCCCAUUUCCGUUCCACCCACCGUAAGAUGCCGUGGGGUUGCCUCUGUUCAAAGGAGAAAAAACGGCCCCAAAUCAGCAGUCCGAUACUGAACCCGGAGGAUACUCAGAAGCUUCAGUUGCUUCCCGCCGUUAGACUUCCGUUGCUAUCGGACGCGGAGAAACUCGAGCAACGGUUGCUGGCCCCGCACCCAAACGCCGACUUCGACAACGAAAGCAGCGAAGAAACGCAACCUCCGAACGAUGCCGGUCGUGAUCGACUCCAGCAGCAGCUGCUCCAAAAGUCACGUCUCAAGUCCUCGAACCUCAAGAGCACAACCUACACCCGCAACACCGAAAACGACAAGCUAACACGGCACCUCAACACCGUCAAGUUCAGCUUCGAUGAACCCGUACCGCAGAAGCCAGACGGUGCGGGCAAACCUCUCCGGAAGUCGUCCGAACGGAGCGAACCACCGCCGAAACCAGAUCGUAGGAUAACCUCAACGGCAACGCAACAGAUUGUGGUGAAGCUACCGGACACGGCUGGGAAUGUUUCGCUGGAACACCCCGCAGCGGAUGAGAUCGAUUGCAAUGGCAAUGGGAACUAUGACAUUGUCCCGACGAUUAAAAUCAGUGACAAUGGUGUCCAUGGUGCUGAGCUGGAAGGACGCACGGAAAACAAAGCACAGGUGGAUGAGAACAAGAACGAAAUCCUCGUGCCGGGCAGUAGCGAGGGCAGCAUACCGUUCAUCGAUGAGGAUCCGACGCAGAUAUUGAGACAGCUGAAUGCGAACCCACAGCGAGGUCAAAACUUUCAUGACGCUCGUAUCAUCACGCUCACACCAAAGAACGUUGGCUCCGAGGCAACACGGACGGCAGCAGCAGCAGCAGCAGCAACAGCAGCCGCGGCGACGGCUGCAGCUAGUGAGCAAGUGCACCGGGAAGCUCAGUUGCGCCUGUUGGCAGACACCAAAAAGUUUACUCGCUUUCUCGUGGAACCACCGCCGGUCGUGACUGUCGAGACGGUUAAGUUUACGCACAUUUUCCAAAUUCUACCACCAGCGUACGAUCGGUUGUGCCAGCAGUGUCAUAAAGCGCUCCAUCUGGACAUUGGACUGCGGUGUGUGGUGUGUGAUUUUACCUGCCAUCAGCAGUGCGUGAGGCUCGAAAAGAAAAAUGGCCGAGAAGAGGAACAGCAGCAGCAGGCAAUCAACAAGUACAAUUCGCUUCCCUUGCAUGCGAUCAACGCUCAGCAGCAACAGCAGCAACAGCAACCUAGGCCAGCCACCAACCUGAACCAUGUAAAUAACAACCAUUACCAUAAUUAUUCGCUUCAACCGUACUACAACCGGCAGCCACAGCAGCAUCAGCAGUCACCGCAUCAGCAUCACUCGUAUCCUGUCGCACGGAUCGCCGAAGAACCGUCGUACCAGUCGCUGCGGCUCAACUACGUCACCGAGCGGAUACUCGCGUCAACCUUACCGGCCCGGCGGCUUCAGAAUGGUUCGUCGUCACCGCACGCCUCCAACGGUUCGCUGCCGGCCGAUGAGCACGAGCGCGAACUCAUCAGCAUGCUGGAGCAGAAGCAUAAGCAGAACUACCGGAUACUGGACCUGGAGUCGCGUCUCGUCAACAUCACGCUGGAGAAGCUGUGCGAGCUGUGCAAAUACAUCGAUUCCUGGCUGGGCAGCGGCAAGGAAAAGAUCGUCGUUCUGCAGGACAGGGAAGAUAAACAUCGGCUCGGGACGGCGAUCGCCGCUUACCUGCAGUAUCAAAAAAUCUGCGGCUCAAACAUUCCGCAGGCUGGUGGCCACUCGAAGAGUUCCCUUUCGCCCGGCGGUUCCACGGAUAAUGGGCGCAAAACACCAACCUGGUUGGAUUUGGACAUCUUCUCGAUGCAAAAGUUUCUCGAAUCGUUCGCCAAUCCACUGCGCAUUCCUUCCCACAAAAGAUACAUUCAAUACUUCUCCGGGCUGCUGUCGGGUGUGAUCAAGUUGAAUUCGUCCUCCUUCUUCCUGAAAGCGAUACGGGUCGAAUCUCCGCCAUGUUUGCACUACCGUGCCAUAACCGUCAACAGCGAGUGGCGCAGCUUCAUCAAAAUCUUCGAAGGCGUCCGGUGCCUGUUCACGUCCGACAUCUACGUCAUACCGAUCACCACGCGGCACUUCAUCUACGAGAUCAAGCACCCGCUACGGUUGCGCGGUGACAUCCUGGUCCGGUGCUACCAGAUCAUACCAAAUAACAACAAGGCGACGUACGAGAAGGAGCUGAUCGCGUCCGUGCAAUUUCACACAUGUGCCAUAACCGAAAAGGAAGUACAAUUCAAGAAGGGAGAUCUAGACUGGGCGUGCGAUGAUGAGCGCUUCUCGGCGGAACAUACGAUGACGUUCUGUUUCGACACCGUACCGAACGAGCGGCCCAUGAUUCUCGUCUUCCAGGAUCCACUCGUAAGGAUAGAACCGAUCGCGGAGAAUGGUGAUCAUCUGGAAACGAUCAAUGAAGAUGAGUCCGGCCAUACGCAAGGUCCGCUGGAUGGAUCACUGUACGCGACCAUACUGAAGAGCCCAAAGUCUCCGACCGCACCGCAUCUCAUCUCACCGCCGGCCGAGUUCAGCAACGGCAAAUCGCUGCUGCUGAACGGCACCGGUCCACCGCCAGUGCCGGAACGUUCCAAGACACCUAACUCGAUCUAUCUGAGCCACAACGGGACGCCGCGCAGUACGCCCGUACCGUUCGCAGUGGCACCACCGCCACCGGCGAGUCCCGCACUCGGGAACGGGGACGUGAAGUAUGCGCUGAACGAGAGCAAGAGCUCAGCGACCAGCGUUAGGACCGUGUCCUCCAGCUACGGCUCGUAUCAAAGUCCGGGUGCGCCCGACGGUAGUGGAAGUCCCGGCGUGACACUAGCGUCCAGCGGCAAGACACGGCCCUCCGCCACGCAGGUCGAUGGCCGCGAGUCGGUGCGCAGUCCGCUGACGGUGUCCAUGGACUCGGGCAUCUCGAGCAGUGGCCCAGUUAAUCGUCGCAUACAGGGAUCCAGCGUUUCGCCGUCAAGUUUUCCGAGUCCGCAAGCUAGUCCGCAAGAUGAUCGUCAUCGGGAGCUGGACGACCUGCUGUCCGAUAUGAUGCUAACCGUGCAGGGCAUCCCGGACGUUGGCCAAAAAGCAGACCAAACAAACCAUCACCAAUCCCAGCAGCAACAGCAGCAGCAGCAUCAUCAUCAUCACCAUCAUCAGCAGCAGCAUCAGAAUCCGAACGAUCACUUCGUCAACACCAACACCGACACGAUCAAGCGUUCGCACUCGGCCCAGCUGCCGCCGGUAACGACGCGCGAGGACAACCGCUCACGUACGCCCUUAACGGUGAGUGACUACUCCCCAUCGGCAGCAGCAGCAGCAGCAGCGGCAGCGGCCGCGAAAGAGCGCGAGCUGCUCAUGUACGAAACGUCCAGCACCACGACGACACUCACGCCGCCCCCGAGCGAGAGCGGUCGCGAAACGCCACUGCUGAGUGCCUACGCAUCGGGCGGCGGUACGAUUCGCGAACGCGACCUGCAAAAUAUAAAUAACAAUAAUCUGACGCCAGCCGAGCGCGAGCUCAUCAUGAGCGUGCAGCGCCAUCAGCAUCAGUCGCUUGCGUAUCCUCGACCGGCACGGUCGACCACGGGAGCAUCGGAACGGUUUACCUCGGACGACGACGACGACCUGCUCGGGGGCGGAAGCAGCGGUGGCCAGAUCCCGUACCACGCCCGGGAAGACUCGCGACCGUUCACGUACGGCAACAUACCGGCCAGCGGGACACCGCAGCAUCCGCCGGCCGCCACCAUGAUCAAGAUGCAGUCGGGCCUGUCGAGCCCGUCGAUGGUGCGGAAGGCGCUCGGUACGCCGACGGCCGGCCGCAAAACGGCCACCCUGCCGCGCAACGACUUCGAGGAAAUGUUGCGCGAACGGCGCGAAAAAGUGCUCAGUGAAAAGUACACGAUCGGCGAUCAGUCGCCGGGUGGCGGCACGGGCGGCAUCAUGGUCAGCGACACCAUCAACAACAACAACAGCAGUGCCGGUGAUGGUCGGUGGACGUACCAGCAGCAUCACACCGUGAAGACGGUCACCACGCAGGGUGCGGGCACGACGCCCAACGGCUACCCGGCCCACGAACCGCUCAAGCGGUCCAACACCAUGGACGGUAGCUUCGGGCGUCAGUUCUCCAACGAAGGAAUAUCCGGUCAGUCAUGGCUGCAGCUUCAGCAGCAAAAGCUACGAGCACGUCGGGAGCAGCAGCGGCGAGAACAUUCGAAUAGUUUUAGUUACAACUACGGCAGUCCGGCUUUCCCGACCGGCGAAAACGUCUACAGCACAACGCAUCGGCGAAGCCAGACACUGUCGCCGGUACGGAACGAUCGGAACUAUCACACGCUCACGACGACCAGGACCCACUCGACGGAGCGUCCGUUUGUGGCGGUACAGCGAGCUCACGAAAAUGCGAAGCUCCAGACAAUUGGGAAUGCACCACUCUCCAUUUUGAAUGCCUCACCGCACGGUCACAUUGCACAAGCACAAACACAAGCCUCCUCACCAUCGCCGUCGUCCACGCACACGACGGUGUCGUCCCCAUCGCCGGCCCCACCGUCGACCGGCAACUCGGUAUCGAUCACGCACCACCACCACCAUCAUCAUCAGCAGACGGUCAAUGGAAGUAGUAGUGCGGCCGGUAGCCCAGUCAAUGGUCAGCAACACCCAGCAACGCCACAACAGCAUCGGCACAUCAACGGCAAUGACGCUCACUAUCAGUCGCAGCAGCAGCAGCUCAACAGCAGCCUGAACGGUAGCAGUGGACUAUUGUCCCUCGCCGACCAGGACCACUCAACUCCGAAACACGGACAGGUUCGAUUGGAGUCCGAACAGAUAAUAUUCAGUAACAUAAACAGUCUGAAUAAUCUCGAUAACUGCGAAAAGCUCAAUAACCUGCUAAACGAAAUAACCAACAGUGCGGCGGCUGUGGCGUCCGUCGCGUCGUCGGAACCGCCGACCCAGACCGUGGCAAGCGCGGAAAGCCAAGCAUGCAUUAGCCCUAACACUACUACUUCCAGUGUAACUACCAACAGCUCGUCUUCAUCCUCCAUGUCCGCUAGCAAUAAUAGUGCAAGUCUCAUUAAUCACAACACCCAUCACGUAAUCGACUCGUACCAUCAUCAUCACCAUCAUAAACUACAUCAAGCGUCGGAGUACUGUCACCGAAAUGGGCACACGGCGCCGGGAGAACAGGAACCGAUGGAACUGUCCUCGCCGGACGGUAGUGUCGAUGAGAAACCGUUCACUCAGCCGGCAACGAUCGAGCGAAGGAAUGGUCACGCGAACGACACCUCCGUGAAUGUGAUCGGGCAUGGGCAGCUUGCGUUGGAUAAGCUGCUCGCCUCACUAGCGCUCGAAAGUGACGUUACGGAAGAGCAUUUGGCCAAGAUAGACGGACGCACCAACAACACCACCAACACCGGCAAUGGUUGCUAUCCGGAGCAGCGGCCCACGGCCAACUUUCAUCCUUCGAGCGAACUGUCCGACGUGUUGGCAAAUUUGGCCGAGUACGAUCUAAACGAAACGCAGCGCAAUGGCAACCUGUACCACUAUCAGCAACAUCAACAGUCCGCCUCCUCGUCCGUUGAUACCGCGAAUGGCAAUUACCGGCACUAUCCGGCCCACGGGCUAGCAGACUUGGUGAACGGUUACACGCUAAGCAACGGUCACCACCAACAGCCCGGCCAACCGCCGCGCAGUACCAGUCGAAGUAGCAACGAGACAGGAGUUGCUCAGCAGUCGUCGUCGCCGCAGCAACACCAGUCACAGAACGGCUCCCCAAACGUACAGCAGCAACAGCAGCAACAUCACCAUCAUCAUCCCCAUCAUCCGUUACUAAUGAAUAACCAUGUGCGACGCAUUGCUUCCGAAACCGACAGUACCAUCUCAUCCAUUUCGCCUAGCUUAUCCGAACGCAGCAAUGCGAUCUCUUGGUGCGAUCAGGCACGCGAAGAGUCCUUCUCAUCGUACCGCUCGGAGACGGAACCGGACAACUCACCGAUGGGUGGAUCACCGCGCCCCGAAACGCCGGCCUUCCCUGUAACGCCACGCACACCGUACGGGCUGAGCAAUGGUACCUCCAGUCCCGCUCUACCGCCCAAGAGUCCGACAUCACAACGAAAAAAUGUGCUAUACAAACAUCUCGAAAAGCUUGCGCUUGCCAAAGCUUCCCUCUUUCAGUGCGUUGCACCGGUCCUUGAGAAACGGACCCAGGGAUGUACUUUUUACUAUAACAAGGACCUGUUCAGUGGUGGCAACCAGCGAACGCAAGAGCUUAUCAACCAGAACGAAACCCUCUCCUGCUAUACGUCGCGCCGCAAUUCAACCACCUCGAACGCGAACAGCGAACCGCAGGAGGUGGCCCCGCAGUUUGUGAAGUUUGCCCGCGACUCAUCCAAAUACUGGUACAAGCCAAAUAUUAGCCGCGAGGAAGCGAUCGCACUGCUGCGCAAUGCGGCACCCGGCACGUUCAUCGUGCGCGAUUCGACCACGUUCGCCAACGCGUACGGGUUGGUGGUGAAGGUGAACCAUCCACCGCCCGGUGUCCAGUACACUGGGCCGAACAGUGAGGAGCUCGUGCGGCACUUCCUGGUGGAGCCCACGAUCCGGGGCGUCCGGUUGAAGGGCUGCGCCAACGAGCCCGUGUUCACCUCACUGUCUGCGCUGGUGUAUCAGCAUUCGAUUACACCGCUAGCCCUGCCGUGUCGGUUGAUCAUCCCAGAUAUGGACCUUCAACAAAUGGAGCAUCAAACACCGGCGCAGCAGCAGUUGCUACAGCAAGGUGCAGCCUGCAAUGUGCUGUAUUUGUUCACCUGCGACACCGAGUCACUCACAGGACCACAAGCAAUAAGGAAGGCAGUCAGUUCGUUGCUUGCGCUACGACCUCUUCCGAAACCAACGCAAGUGCACUUCAAGGCCUCACUGCAGGGCAUUACACUGACCGACAACACGCGACAGUUGUUCUUCAGACGGCACUACCCAUCGAACAAUGUGUCGUUCUGCGCUCUCGACCCGGACGAUCGUCGAUGGAGCAUUCAGUCGACUACCGGGGAUAUUCCCGCUACAAAGCGUAUGUUCGCGUUCGUUGCGAAGCGAUCGCCCUCGUCGGCAGACAACCAGUGUCAUGUGUUCUGCGAGCUGGAACCAACGCAACCGGCGGCGGCCAUCAUACAGUUCGCCAACAAGGUGCUGACCGGUACCAGCCAGCAGCCAGCCGUUACCAGAGCAAUCUAAUAGAGGGCGCACAUGUAGCCGCCGCCCUAUCUAUCACUGUCUCUCACACAAACGCGAGCGUAUAUAAGCGAAGAAACAAACAAAAAAAAGCAAUAACAAGUAGUAGAAGGAGUAAAUUUUACUAAUAAAAAGAAAAAGCGAAAAUAUACACACAAACACACACGUACACCGCAUUAUUAACGUCCCAGCUGAGGAGGGUUAACGUUUUAACACACACGCAGCCGCACAAAGUUGAGGGCGCACAUGUGCAAUGAUUAAGCAAACAGAAAAAAAAGGAUACUAAAAUACUUAAUUCGGUGUUUUUAACGGGUUUGGGGAUGGAUCCGGUCGUCAGUAAGGCACGCGGGAUCCAAGACCGGAGUUUUUCACGGUUUCCCUGUGUGCGUGCGGACCCCCCGCCCGGCCCGUUAACAACACCAGGCAAAAAGCAACCGCCAACUACCAUAUUUUUAUCGUGUAAUUCGUGUAAUUAUUACUUAUUAUAAUUUAGCCAUACACCGUGUAGUGAGACACGGGGGGAUGGCGAUAACACUUCCCUCCCCGUGUGUGUAACCCUAGUUUCGUCAUGCAUGUGUUACAGUAUGUGUUGAAAAAAAAAGCAAAAUGGAAGCCGAUUAGCUUUCGCCGUCUAACGUCUGUCUAUCACUCACUCAACUCUCGUCGUAUAUGUACACUACUUCUUCUAGGCCCGAUCGGCGGAUAGAUCUGCAAGGAUACAGUUAACGGCCGUUUUUGAGUUAGAGCGAGAGAGCCCGAAUCGUCGUAAACCACUAACACACGCCUAGCACAACGACGGUGGACGACUUCGAUAAAGCCCACUCUGUAAGGCACUCAAAACGUUGUUAGAUAGUUGUGUGAAAAUAUAGAACCGAGAAAACCGAAACCCAGGGCCGAAAGCAUAUUUCAGUGUUAAAAGCGCCAUCACACUCUCACACACUACUGUUUGGGGUUCGUAUAAUCGUUCGUAUAUCCGAAGCGGGCAUCGAGUGGGUCGAGCCUUUCCAAGCUACUACUGCUGCUGCAUGCCGUAUGCCUUAACGACUAACGAAACAAACAGCACUAAUACAAACACGCUCGUAUUAACAACGAUCCGAACACUCUAUGCCGUGUUCGGUCCCUCUUCUUGCCUUUAAGUGGUUAGCACAAAAAGCUUUUGAAAAUUUAAAUUCUUUUUUUCCCACAAUCGUAGCUGUUCUCCUGUGUUCUUACUUGCAAUUUUAAUUCGAUGAAAGCAAUUAUUUUUAAUUAUUUAUUCCUUUAAUUGGAAAAAAGCGAAAAAGUAUAGAUUGUUGCAAAAUUACUUAACACAUACAUACGCGAUAUUGUAGUAUGAUUUUUUUUUCGCUUUGCGUGCUUUCGCUGGCAAAGGUAGGAAAAAGAAGGAACGUUGUUAAUGAAAAAAAAAACUUGACAUUUGUAGUAUUACAAAACGAACGACUAAGUGUGGCUCGUAACGGCAAUAACAUUUUACGGCUGCACUUAAUGAUGAUUGUUAGCGAAAAACUGAACCGAAUCGAACCUAACCCACACACACUUUCAAAACGUUCUAUCGUGUAGAGGGAUGGGCAGUAUUAUAUGAAGCAAAUGGUCAGUUAAAUUUUGAUACCCACGCGUGCCUCAUCGCAAAAUGGAAAAAAAUGAUCCAGUGAGAUUAGAAGAAACAGCAAUAAAACAUAUAUCAAAAGAUCAACCUCACAACGUUAGAAAGCAAUACGAAAGAGAAUGAAACACACACACUCACACUUUCAAGCAGUUCAAAAACGGAUUAACCUGAAACGUAGAAAAGUGGGUUUGCAUUUUUACGGGCAAGCAUAACAAAUCAUUCAAAGGUUUCUCUUCCUCUCUUAAGGCACCGAGCCGAACCGAAAUACUUUGAACUAAUUAAGUAAAAACUUGAUCGCAAACGGAAGGCAAAAAGCAAAGAAACGAAAACAAAAAAACGCGAAGAAAACACUACUAGUCGUUGUUAGAAAGUGUAAGACAGAAGAAAGCAAUAGGAAACGUAACAAAAAGAAAACCUCCCCCCUCUAGUGCAAAGCAGUUAAACACAACGCACAAGAUAGAUGGAUUUAUGUUUGUUGUUUUGUUUAGUUAAACCAAAAGGUUUCGUUUUCCCCUGUUUUUGUAGAACUUUCCUUUACGAGAUGGUUUAUGUUAACUUUUUCUCCUUUCUUCCUUCCCGAUUUCGUUUACAUGCGGAAAAUGAUCACUUUCUUAAAUUAUUUCUAAUAUAGUAACUUAAAUUAUUCUAUCGCAAUAGAAUGUUUUAUCGAUUAGCUGUCGAAAUUUCUGUUGCCUUUACUACACGAGGCCGGCACAUGCGAAGCCGGUGAUCUUACUCACACAAAUCAUCACUAUUAACCGUAUGUAUGAAAAACACACACACAUAUACACACGCAUGAUUCGAUUAAUAACAAACAAUUGUACAUAGUUACAGUGAAUUUCAUGAAAUAAUAAACAAUCACUACGAACAGCGAA